AUGGGAAAUACAUUAUGGGCAAUUGCUGCUGGCUAUUAUAUUUAUAUUCUUUUUCUUGGCUUUAGUGCAUUACCAUUUCUUCGAAACACUCAUGUAUUAUUAGUUCCGCUAACCGGUUUACUUUUUCUCUAUAUUCUUUCUGUUAUUGCACAAUGGAAUAUGAGUGGAAUGUUAGUACGUUUUUAUGAGUAUCGUGUUGGACAUAAACGUUGA